CGGUCGGGGACGCGCUUCGUCCUUUCGCUCGGAUGGGAACAGCGAGGGGAGCGAGUCACGGUAGAUUGGAAGCUUUUCUACUGCAUAAUCCAGCACCUUAAUACAGACUGAGUGGGAAGAUGGAUCAACUUUAACCGGCAACUGCUGCUCCACUGCGCCUCUUCUGUUGCCCUCCCCAGUCCAUCAGAAGCGUUACUGAUUCAACUGAAGCCAGCUGUUCUCUUCUGGUCGUCUCUCAAGUGUCCACUGGAAUCAUGGGUGCUACGGGCUACGGCUACUACCGUGUGACCAUCUUUGUCUGCAUGUUCGUUGGCUAUGCUCUGUACUUCUUCAACCGGAAAACCUUCUCCUUCGUCAUGCCUUCGGUGAUGGAGGAGAUUCACCUGGACAAAGAUGACCUUGGUAAGAUCACCAGCAGCCAGACUUUGGCCUACGCCAUCAGUAAGUUCAUCAGCGGUGUGUUAUCCGACCAGAUCAGCGCCCGCUGGCUUUUCUCCAUCGGCCUCUUCCUCGUGGGAGGCAUCAACGUGGUCUUCUCCUGGUCCUCCACUGUGCCCAUGUUCACCAUGCUGUGGUUUAUCAAUGGUCUGGGUCAAGGCUGUGGCUGGCCUCCCUGUGGGAAGGUUCUACGCAAGUGGUUCGAGCCCUCCCAGUUUGGAACCUGGUGGUCCGUUCUGUCCUGCAGCAUGAACUGUGCUGGUAGCCUGGGUCCCAUCCUGGUCACUGUGCUCCUGAACUACUACGACUGGAGGACCAUCCUGACCAUGUCGGGGCUCUUCUGCGCAGCCUUCUCCCUAGUGUGUGUGGUGUUUGUGAAGAAUGAGCCCAAAGACGUGGGACUGCCCAGCAUUGAGGGAGCAGUGAAGAAAGGAGCCAAAGGAGGCAACAAUGACAGCACCCUGCGUGAGUUCCUCUUCUCCCCCUUCCUGUGGGUUCUGUCGCUGGGCUACCUGGUGGUGUUCGGGGUGAAAACAGCAGCGACCGACUGGGGUCAGCUCUUCCUCAUGCAGGAGAAAGGCCAGACCGCUCUGAUGGGCAGCACCUACAUGAGUGCGUUAGAGGUGGGAGGCUUUUUCGGCAGCCUUGCAGCAGGUUUCAUCUCUGACAGAGCAGUCGCUCGGCAAGGCUUGGGCACUCACGGCAACCCUCGCCACGGGCUUCUGAUCCUCAUGAUGGCCGGCAUGUAUGUGUCCAUGUACCUCUUCAGAGUCACCAUCACGCCUGCAAUCCCAGAGGAGGCUCCACUGUGGGUCCAAAUCAUCCACCCGGUGUCCGUCGUCCUGGGCGUGACGGAACAAGAGAUCUGGAUCCUCUGCCUCGGCGCUCUCUUCGGCUUCUCCUCUUACGGACCAAUCGCCUUGUUCGGUGUCAUCGCCAGUGAGAGCGCUCCGUCCAACUUCUGCGGGACUUCCCACGCCGUGGUGGCGCUCAUGGCCAACGUGGGAGCAUUCAUGGCUGGAUUUCCCUUCAGCUCCAUCGCCAAACAGUACAGCUGGGACACCGCGUUCUGGGUCGCAGAGCUCAUCAUGGCCGGUGCCACCGUCGCGUUCUUCCUUGUACGAAACAUGCGCACUAAAAUGGGCCGAAUCCCAACGAAAAUGGACUGAGGUGUCACCCUCUCAGCAGCUCACCUAUUGUUGGGUGGUGUGGAAAGCUUCACCCUUCAAUCUGCCUAAACAGGACUCAGGAGUGUUGAAAUAUUUGAAUAACCAAUGUCCUCUUUUCCAUGGACUGCACAGUUGUCAUAUCUUAACCAGCCAUCUUUAUGCUGCUUUGGUUACAUUGCUUUAGAACAGCUGGAGGCAAAGGAAGUAGACUGGAAUAGUGAAUCAUCUGUCCAGUGAUUGAGCAACUAUUUAUUCUAGACAUUCUAGAAGCUUGCACAGACGUCGUGGCACGUGUUGCUAUGUUAAGUAAGCUCAGCGCUAAAACUGGAUGAUGUCAUCGCAUCACAGUCUCUGGAACACGUUCACGUUCAGCCUUCACCAAAUGUUUGUUCUCACAGUCACUUAGUGCCACUUUGAUGUUUGGAAUGAACAUUGUCUUAAUGAAUUUGUACUUUUAAGGUCGAAUAAAUAUUGAUGUCAAAGUACAGUAUGUGGCCAUUUUUUCUAUUUUUUAAUCCAAA